CACCAGUCUCAUCGGAGUGAUCGAACGGUCCCUCACUAAUCAACUUUUGAGAGAGAGAGCGCUUUGUGAUUAGAGCUAAAGAUGGAGGGUAAGGAAGAGGAUGUUAGAUUGGGAGCCAACAAGUUCCCGGAGAGGCAGCCAAUUGGGACGGCGGCUCAGAGCCAAGACGAAGGCAAGGACUACAAGGAGCCACCGCCGGCGCCGCUGUUCGAGCCGUCUGAGCUAACCUCCUGGUCCUUUUACAGGGCUGGGAUCGCUGAAUUCGUGGCCACCUUCCUGUUUCUGUACAUCACGAUUUUGACGGUGAUGGGCGUCGCUAAGUCCCAGACCAAGUGCACAACGGUCGGAAUUCAAGGAAUCGCUUGGGCUUUUGGCGGCAUGAUCUUCGCCCUCGUCUACUGCACCGCUGGCAUCUCAGGGGGUCACAUAAACCCGGCGGUGACGUUUGGGCUUUUUCUGGCGAGGAAGCUGUCGUUGACGAGGGCGGUGUUCUACAUGGUGAUGCAGUGCCUGGGUGCGAUUUGCGGUGCUGGUGUUGUGAAGGGGUUCCAGAAGACCACGUACCUAACUGUGGGCGGUGGGGCCAACUUUGUGAACCCUGGUUACACCAAGGGCGAUGGCCUUGGCGCUGAGAUUGUUGGCACCUUUGUUCUUGUCUACACUGUGUUCUCCGCCACUGACGCCAAGCGUAGCGCCAGGGACUCCCACGUGCCCAUUUUGGCACCUCUGCCAAUCGGGUUCGCGGUGUUCUUGGUGCACUUGGCUACCAUCCCCAUAACCGGAACUGGUAUUAACCCAGCUCGGAGUCUUGGUGCGGCAAUCAUCUACAACAAGGACCGCGGCUGGGAUGACCACUGGAUUUUCUGGGUGGGGCCAUUCAUUGGGGCAGCACUGGCAGCUCUGUACCACCAGGUUGUGAUCAGGGCCAUUCCCUUCAAAUCGAAGUGAUGAUUGAUCUGAUCAUACAGCCCGUGAUCGAUGUUGCAAGUUAAAGAUCAAGCCAAGCUUGUCCAGUCUCUCUGUUUUUUUUCCUUUCCUUUUUCUUUGUGUAUGUGUACGUUAAGAUGUGUAAUAGUAGUAUGCUUCUUUCAAGGGCCUUCUUUCCUACUGUCUUUUUUUUGUUCAAACGGAGAUUGUUGAUGGCCCCAUUUCUAGUGGUUGGGCUUUGUAAUGCUUCUGUCAGCUUGUAUUGUCUAUCCAAUAACAAUGCUUCUGUUCUGAACUA